GUUCCAACGACGAUUCCCGGGUAAAAUCUCGUGUAACGUGGUGUGUUUUAUCGUAUUUAGGGAAACGAAGGGCCGCAACACCGCCUUUUUGGGAUCGCAGAGAGGAACAUCGGAUUCACGAUGAAGACGAUCUUCGUUGUUUUGGCGCUGGUUUUGGCCGGCGUUUGCGCGGCGCCGCAGGGCAAACCGAACGACGUCACGAUCGUUAAGCAGGAAGAGGUGAACAACAUAGGUAUAGGUGGUUAUCGGUUCAGCUACGAGCAGAGCGACGGCCAGAAGAGGGAGGAAACGGCCGAACUUAAGAACGAGGGCACCGAGAACGAGGCGCUCAGCGUCGUCGGUAGCUUCAGUUUCAUCGCGCCGGACGGACACACGUACAGGGUCGAUUAUACCGCGGACGAGAACGGUUUCCAUCCCACUAUCAAUCUCGUUGCGAAGUAACCGGACUCGAGGACUGAAGUUACAUCAUCUUAGGGACUAUCCGGUCGUCGACGUACACACUCGUGCGAUUCGCACACGCAUUAGGAUAUAUAUAUAUAUAUAUGUAAUUAGGGAUUUAAUACACGCUGCGAGACGCGCGAUUCACACUAACACACACUACAAACACGAUGGGGAAGAGAUCGCCAUCGAUCACCCGCGUGAUCGAUCCUUUUUUUUUUUUUUUUGUUUUUCUGCGAAUUCGAAAUUUAUUCCACUGUCGCGAGAUGUUUCGCAGAGAAGAAAUUGUGAAACGCACGUGUCGUUUCUCCUCUGCACAAACAUUGGCAACCAGGGGAUUCAAUCCGUCGUUAUAAUUGUUUUCGCUCUUACAAAUCGUUUUUUUCUCUCUCUCUCUCUCUCUCUCAAAACUGAACGCGGAUUUUUUUGCGGACAGCAAUGCACGCUCGAAUAAGUCUCGAUGACGUCGCGAAUGUAAAAGUUUUGAGAGAAACAAGAUAAGAUGAUUGAUUUUCGCUCUUUCGAGAAACAUCGGCAUUUAUAUGUAUAAUUGCGAAAAACGCGGCAAUAAGCUACGAGUCUUCUGCGCGGGCGUGCAUUCGCGUGUUCCGCGAGAGUAAAACGCGCGUUUUUUUUUUU